AUGCCUUCGCCAUGUUAUUUGAACCCUCCGGGUGAGCCAUCGUUUAAUGAGAUCCUUAUCACCACCGUUCGCGAAUAUCCUGCUCUGUAUAGCAAUCAGCGUAGGACCUUCGAGAAUAUCGACCGGAGCAAAGUUUGGGAAGAAGUCGCAGCUAAAAUAGGGCGUGGCGUUACAGGAGAAUUCGCCAAGAAGCGUUGGUUACAACUUCGUGAUCGUUAUCGCAAGGAACUGAAAAUAUCCAUUGCUCAAAAUUUUAGUCAGCCUCAAAAAUGGAGCCAUUUUCCGUUAUUAAAUUGGCUCGAUCCAUAUCUUCAAGGAGCAAUACCGAUUACACCGAAUAGUUCAGCUCCCUGCUACACUCUUGAUAAUGUUAGUACUACUGGUAACAGCGAUGCAUUUUAUGAAAAUUUUGCUAUCAAGUUAUCAUCUACAGAAUUGACAUCUGGCGCAACUGAAGGCACAUUAUCGGAAUGUUUUGAUGAUUUGAAACCGGUGAUGUCAACUCUUCAGUCAGUGCUUGCUGUCGCUGAGGCUACUGCAAAUUUAAAAAAGGAAGCUACGGCUAUAGCUGGAAAAAAAAAGGAUUAUGGUUUCGAAACCGAUGGAGAUAGCGAUAUGAAUUGCUCAGAUAUUAGUGCAUGUAAUGGUAAAAUAUCGAAGGAACCAUGUGGAAGUCCCUCGCCUUCUUCUCCUCAAGCAUCAGUUGCAUCAGCGCAGGAUGAUGGUAAUUUAAGAAGUGCUCGGAUGCCCAGUGGUUGUUCGACACCAUCUCAAGAAUCGCAGCGAUUACGUGAUGAACUAUCUCGUUUGUCAGCAUUGGAUGGACCCAACACAGCUUCAUCACCAUGCACUUCUGAAGCAGGUCUUGAAACGGAAGAGAUAGUACAUGUGCAUGCCCCCUGUCCUAUGAAAUCUCAGGAAUAUCAGGAUGUAGGUAAUACUGUAUCUCCUAUUCCACAACAUCAGAGCUCAUCUACAAGUGCCCCAGCCAUAGCCUUAGCCAGGACGGGUAAUCCGGUUACGUUCAAAUCACUGAUAUCACAUCCCACUCGAAGCUCGCCUUACCGAUUGCCUGUUUAUUCGAGUGUUAGAUUUCGGGCACGAAAUAUGAAGAAACAGCAGCAACAACAGAUGAAUUUGACGAAAACAUUCCAACAAGUAAAUUCAAUAAAUAGCACUAAUGUCACGGAUGCUGAAUGGAUUAAUGAUGAAGAAAUGCUUUUUGCUCGUUUUGUUGGUUUACGAUUGAAGAAAAUGAAUUCACAUUAUAGGAGCAUGGCACGAAUGAAAAUUAUGCAAGUAUUGGAUAGCUAUGAAGAAGGAAUGAUAGAUGAAGAUGAAUAA